UCCAGAUAGUAGGCAUGAGUGCGACGAUCGGCAACCUACCCGAGAUAGCGGAGUUUCUAUCGGCGCGCGUAUUCGAGCGUCACUUCCGACCCGUGGCGCUGGCCGAGUUCGUCAAGCUGGGAGACUCGCUGCACAAACUGGUGGCUAAUGAUGAUGGAGUGGACGCCGUGCUGGAGAGGCAGCUGGCUUAUGAUUACUCGUCGGCGGCCACGACGAUGGAUCCAGACCUGCUAGGCGGGCUGGUAUCAGAGGUGGUGCCACGCGCCAGCUGCCUGGUGUUCUGCCCCACCAAGCGGAACUGCGAGAACGUUGCGGCAUUGCUGUGCAAGCUGCAGAGAAGGUAUUCAGAACUUUAA